UGUGACAGCUCCUCCUCGGCGGUGAAGCCUCAGACACAUCGCUCCUGCUCGUCCAGCCCGGUCCUCCGCUCCCAGACUCACCAGCAGUCCACGGCCCAGCUCCUCCGGUACAGAGCACGUUCACUGUGGUAGUGUGGCACUGGCACUCCUGUAGUUGGGAAUGAGAAAUGAUGGCCGGCUCUUCAGCAGAGGAGAAGACCUUCCGACGGUUCCUGGAGCUCUUCCUCCGGGAGAUGAGGAUGCCGCUGCAGGAGAGCGACCCGGUGCCGAUGCGCCCUUUGUCGGACCAGGUGUCUGAGGACGAGGUGGAGGGGGAAUGUCUCGACCUGUGUCUCCAGCACCUCUACAAAUAUAACUGUCCGUGUUCCCUGGCUGCAGCUCUAGCCAGAGCCACAGCAGACAGCCUCCUGCAGACUGACCUCUCCAUCCACUACCUCACUAAGACUGUUGAAGAUGGAGCUGACCCACUACCACUGAUGGAUGCUGUGACGCUGGCCCGGCUGGUGUUUAAUAGACUGUUUGAGGUGUGCGGCCUCUGGAUGAAGGAGGUGCCCUUCCGCCGCCGUCCACAGCCAUACUACGAAACUUCCAUCCACGCCAUCAAGAACAUGAGGCGCAAGAUGGAGGACAAGCAUGUCAUCAUCCCUGACUUCAACACACUCUUCAACAUUCAGGAUCAGGAAGAACAAGCUUUCUUUGCUGUGUUUGACGGUCAUGGUGGUGUGGAUGCCGCCAUUUAUGCUGCCAAUCACCUCCACGUCAAUUUAGUUCAUCAGGAAUCCUUCAACGAGGACCCCAUCGAGGCGCUCUGCAAAGCCUUCAAAGUCACUGACGAACACUUCAUGAAAAAGGCAUCAAGAGAGCACUUGCGCUGUGGCACGACAGGCGUGGUGACGUUCCUGCGGGGCCAGACGUUGUAUGUGGCCUGGCUGGGAGACUCCCAGGUCAUGCUGGUCAGGAAAGGACAGGCCGUGGAGCUGAUGAAACCACAUAAACCAGACAGAGAGGAUGAGAAGCAGAGGAUCGAGGCUCUGGGAGGCUGUGUCAUCUGGUUUGGCACAUGGAGGGUUAAUGGCAGUCUAUCUGUAUCCAGAGCAAUAGGGGACAAAGAGCACAAACCCUACAUCUGUGGGGAUGCAGACCAUGAUAUCUUCCCAAUGGAUGGUUCAGAAGACUACCUGAUUCUGGCCUGUGAUGGAUUCUGGGACACAGUAAAUUCAGAUGAGGCAGUGCGGGUGGUUAGCGACCACCUCGAGGAGAACUCUGGAGACACCACCAUGGUAGCCCACAAGCUAGUGGCCUCUGCUCGUGAUGCGGGCUCAAGUGAUAAUAUCACAGUCAUAGUGGUCUUUUUGCGGGACCCUCGCUCCCUACCACCCACCGGCACCGAGAACAAGGAGAAGGGUGUUGUAGAGAGGGGGGUAGAGGAAGUAGCAGAGGUGGAGGAGGGAGAACGGGAAGACGAGGAGGAAGAUGAGACAGCCAGGUUAGAGCGCAGUGGUGGUGAAGGAGGGAGCACUGCGAACAAUGGGGGGAAGAGUCGUGGGGGAUGGCCCCAACAGCAGUGCUCGGCCCCUGCUGACCUCGGCUAUGAAGACCGAACGGACUCGUUGACGGACAGAACUAGCCUCAGCCUGCUCGGGCCAUCACUUGAGGGCCAUAUCUCCCUGACAGGGGGCUCACGACAGCCCUGCUCCGGCUUUAGUUCAGACCUCUUUACAGCCUCCCACAUCUACAGAGAAGAACGCCCAGUGAGGCGUGGGUCAUGUAUUCCUUUGCAGGGGUCUAGCAUCUCUAGCUUUACGGACCCACUCUGGCCCCAGACAGCUAUGCUUUUAGGCCAGGCAGUGAGGAAAAGCCGCAGGCUUGGCUCUGAUAGACGGCAAUUGGGCCGGAGGUGGCCAGUCAGAUUUAGGGAGAAGCUAGGCCUAUUACCAUCUGGUCGUCUGCCGCCUCACAUGCAGCGCUACUCCAACUGUAGGCCUGGAGUGGCAGUGCCUCACCUGUCCAAUGAUGCCACCAUCUAAAGAGGUGCUCCAAACCAAACCAUCUCCUUAAUUUAUUCAGUCCGGCUCCAUGCCCCCUCAGCCCACCCACCCACCACUGCCUUCAACAACAGGUCUUUCUUUGAUAACAGUUAGUUGUGGCUCCUGCAGUUGUCAUGUGAUUAUUGAUUCUCUGUCAGAAGAGUUGUGCUCACUGUCCUCAGCCAAAAUGUUAUCAAAUGUUAGCUGGCCCACUGAGCACAGGACCUGCUCCUCAAUGCUGGAGGUAAAGUACAAACCUAGAUCCACUCCAUUGUGACCAUUUAUCAGUCAAAAUUAAGCCUGAGCUGGAAAUGCUGUCUGAACAUUAGUUCAAGUUUAAUGCUUGGUCGCUCCACUCUUGAUAGUGUUAAGACAGAAAUGAUGUAUGUUUAAAGCAAGUAUACAGACAAAGAAAUGAUAAUUAUCUCACCACUUAGCUUACAGAAGAAGAGUAUACACCACAUUGCCAACACUAUGUGAACACUUGAACUUUGCUGAAUAUGUCACUGCAUGAUCACUGUUGUGUUAUAAGACCCUCCACUCUUCUUUAAAGGGUUUCUUCCAGAUUUUGGAACCAAUAUCAUUUAGCUAUUUUUUGUGAUGUCAGGUAAAAGUAGUGCUAACCGAUACUGCAGUUUGAAGGUAGCACUGAUAUUAAUAUUCCUACCAUACAACAGCAAUGAUAUGUACUUCAUUUUUUUUAAGUAAGCCUUUGAAUUUGGAAGAAAAACAAGAAGAACAAGGAAUAUAUUUAGUGAAAAACACUUUGAAACCAAAAGUGCUAACGUUUGUGCAUCAUUACUUAAUUGACCCUUUCACACAAAUUUGUAUUAUAGGUUGAUUGUAUGAUCACUCAGCUUUAUUAUUUUUCCUUACUUUUAUUUUCUGUUACCGGUGUAGGUUGAGGCAACACAUCAUCUUCUCAUCUUUUGUCUUAAGACAGCAGUCGAGAAUGUCAGCGACCUAGCAUUAUAUUAGGGUCAAAUUGCACAGCUUCCCUCUUUGUCCUCUCCGCUGUUCUUCCCUCACAGUUAACUAAAGUUCAUGGAGGAGGACGGAACAACUGCUGCUCCUGGUUUCUGAGACUGGAGGCACAUGCUGUUCUGCCCCCUCUCACAAAGUCACUGACCCAGCCAUUAUCCAGCCACAUUUCGUCUACAGAUAAAAGCACUUAACACCUGAUUAUAAAAGAUUAUCAGUCACUUACCUGAAUAAAGGCUUAAUGUAGUCCAGUAUUCCAGAUGGGGAUAUAACCCUUGGUUAAUGGGUUUUAUGGGAAGUGAAGGGAGUAUGAAAAAAUAUAUUUGUGUUAUAUAUUUGCUGUUGGGCCACAUAGUUAUUGCAAGUAUUUCAAGUGUAUUGACCUUCACACAAAACCCACUGAACAGAAGCGUUUUCCAGCAGGCUUGAUGGACUGUUUAACGUUGGACUGGGAUAGCUGCAGAACACGUGCCUUCCAUGUGUGUUACUAAAGCCUACUCUCCAUACACAGACGUUCACUAAUUAUUUAUUAUCAAUUGGAAUUUAUAUUAAUAUCACCAUUAAGACAAGUCUGGCUUAUGCAUUCAAAAUAAUUGUUUCACAUUGUGAAAAACAUGCUUAAUCACUUUACUGAAGAUUAAUGCCAAGCGAAACUAAUCAUAAACCGACGGAAUCUUCUUAUUUAGCGUACAGACACGAGAGUGGUAUUCAUCCUCUCAACAAGCAAGUGAAUUUGCCAAAAUGUUGAUUAUUAUAUUUAGUAGCGCUAUAGUCCUCUGGAUAACAUGAAGGGAAUCUGCCCAUUUCCUGGAGGCCUUAGUAGCCUGAGACAAGAGAACAAUAGUUUUCUAUCUGUAAAUAUAGUUGUGGUGUUAACAGCUUUACAAUUACGCAGCAAACAUUCCAGUCAUCACAAACUCCAAGAUAGUUCCCUCUGUCAGAGUAGUCCACUGAGGCCGACUCCCAUGGCCCAACAGUGUCUCUAUAAUUGGAUUUUCCUCAGAUCUGAUCCAGAUUCUACAACGGAGAGCCCCCUCUGUGCGUUCGAACAUGCUGCUGACAGGCCUGCACUUCACUUAUGUUAGAAAGUCCUAGCAAGCGCUGUCUUUAUGCCGCCAUUCUUAAGACUGCUCUCUCCUGACUGAGGCAUAGAAACCUGGUCUCUGCUGAUAUUCAUUGGUUUUAAUUUAUCUAACAACAGAUAUGGUAGGUAGUCCAUCCAAACAUAAUUAAAAACGAGUAUGUAACCAUCAAAUAAUAACCCUCCUCUUGAUCUAUAUGAUGACAUUAUUAUGAAAGGUUUCAUGUAAUCCCUUAAUGCUAAAGCCAAGCUCCAUACCCAUUUAACUUGGUGAGACUAAUCUAUGGAAAGACACUUUGCAUUAAACGUAUAACAAUAUAGUAUUACUGUAUCUAACCGAUCUAACCUUGAAUAACUAGACUAACUAUCCCACAAAUCUACUCUGAAAACUGCUAUGAACAAUAUCACAGACAAAGCCUGUGCCACAUUAAUAACAUAACUCGGAUGGCCAGUCACUUUCAAAGAACAUUACCCUUAACGCACUUUUGUUCCCUUUUGUUGUUGGAGCACGUGACGUUUGCUAAGCCCCACCCCCUUACUUAACAUUGCUACACCUGUCACUUUGCGAGUAAAUGAUUAAAAAUCUAGCUAAUCGUUGAAACAAACAUCUGGCUAAUGUUAGCAUAUUAGGUACUUAGCUUCUUAUUGUCUCCAGUAAAUAAGUCCCGCCAAUACAUGGGCUCGAGCAACAGUUCAUAAGACAACUAAUUAAAAUCUAGUAUACCAGGAAAAUAAGCACUUGGAAAUAUGAUCAGUGUGAUAAGAACUACCUAAAAUGAAAGAUACCGUCUUUGACAAAUUAUUUGAUAUUCACUUGCCUCUCCUAUACUGCAGCGACCAGGUGACGAUCAAGACGCCUUGGGUAGAAGUCACGUCGUACAUCUUUAUACAGUCAAUUGGACUAAAUGAUGUGUUUAGCAAAUGAAAUGCUAUUUAAUGUUAAGAUUUAGCCGGAGUUGCUUCAGCUGCUAACGUUCAACAGGACUUGAUGCAGACGGUUGGAGAAGCCAGACACACUUCAAUAAUUUCCUUACGCUUUUUGCUUGUGUAUUUGGUUUGGCAAAGGCUAACAAGGACAUGGUCAAAGUGAUGUGACGUGCCAUGCUGUGCCAUGCUGUGCCUAGCUGCGGUUGCUUAGCUCUGAUUGGACAAUGACUGUUCAGGGGUGGGGUUUAUCAAACGUUUAUUAAUUAUUCCUUAACAUUCCCUACAACACCGUCAUUCCCCAAUUUCUUUGAUUGAUGCAGUGAAUUUCCAAAUGUCAGGAUGUUAGUGAUAACCUGGAUCUGUUACUUGUGCCUCCACUCUCCUGGCCCGUGUCACUAAAUGAGGAAACACUGAGAAGAUGACACAUUUAAAAAAAUUAUUUAUCCAACAACUGGUACUGGUUUGUCAUCCCUGACAAAUGCGGACACAACUUCCCGUUUUCAGUCUUGCUGGUAGACGGAGACUCACCUCGGAUUUUCCUCUAACCAUCCUGUGGACUGUCAAUGAAGCAGAAUGUACCUCAUGACCCAGAACGUUCUCAAAGACUCUGUGAAGGUUGUGGUUCUUCUUUUUGGGGCAUCUAGCCAUGAGGAAUGUACUGUCUAGACACUCAACACACAAAAAGCCUGUCUCCAGAGGCAUUGGUUGAUAUGCGGAGAAGAUGGGAGAAGUACCAGAAAACAAUGGAAAUCACAGUCAUCUCAACUUUGUCACUUGGGCACGGAUGUGUAUGUAUAUUAUGAAUACUAAUUGUGAGUGGAGCAAUUGCUGGAAGAGUGUAUAUAAUAAUUCUGUCUUAUAAUCAGUGGUUCUAUUCCAUGCUCCACAAGGCUCAACACAUGGCUCAGAUAUUGACUUUAAACGGUCGGAUGUUAGACUGUAAACAUCAUCACCACCACACGGAGGUGGAGGUGAUGAUGUUGAGGCCUUAGGGGCAUCACUCUCGGAACUCGGCCUCUGCCUUCAAAAGCUACUGAGGUAUAUAAAGGUGCUGGACUGGUCUGGCAUUGACUGGAGAGUUGUAGUGUCCUAUAAUGGCCUAGCUGCUGUUUCACCCUGCUUUCUCACCCCUAAAAUCUCGGGAGAAAAUAUCUAAAGAUGUUUAUUAUCGGCUUAAAAUACUGUUGUCUCCUAUCUUCAGCUUUGAGUUCUUUUUUUUAUUAUUAUCAGUAUGAGCCUUAAAAAAGCAACUUGCCAAUCAGAUUAUAUCAGUAGUUUGUAGGUUUUUAUUCCAACUCUGCAGACGUUAGAUGAUGAGUAAGGUGUUGAUGAGAGAUGAGGAACACACAAGAGAACCGAGCUGCAGUGGAGUUUGGGCCUCGCUUUUUUGUCAUUUACAUCACAGAUGAGAUCUUUUACAUGGCACACACAGGGCAGAAAACCCCAAAGAGACAGAGAUGACACCAGGAGACAAAACAUUUUCUCAGGAUCUUGUUAUAAUGACAACGAUUUCCAUUCAAACUGACAUUAGGAGUCACUGCAUGUUCUUCUAAAUAAAAAAGGACUAGUUACCUUUGCGUUGACCUCAUAAUUUCAUACAAGAAAUGGAGGGUUCAACUCCCCCGAAACACUUUUUGCACAUAUGGAAGUAAGGUCAAAUAUGUGCUGAUGAAUUCAAUGAUUUGCCAAAUUCUCUUUCUUUCCUCACACAAAAAUAUAUCAGUUUUCGUUUAAACUCUAAAAACAACCUAUGUUUUUUAGUUUUUUUUUAGACUAGUGGCCUCUUGUGGUCGUGUGAAUAAGGACAAUUGUCCUCGAGAAGCAAAGGCUAAUGUAGUGUAGCGUUGUAUUUUUCAUUAAAUUCAUAACAGUCUUGAAAAGAUGUGCAUGUAACUCUAUAGGUAAAAGAAAAACAUGUGGAACAACCGAGAUAAACUGCUAACGAGCAGGUAUAAUGUUUUGUAGUUAGGAGUGCUAGCAUGCUAACAUUCGAUAGUUAGCGCUAGUGCAAAGUACAGUUGAGAUUGAUGGAGAUGUUAUAUCGCGAGAAUUCAGGUAUAAGCCAAGUCACGGUCAUAUAAACAUGUUGACCCGGCGAUGGCAGUUAUCACAAUUAAUAUCGUGAGGAGAAUAUGAACGUCUGCACCAUUUUCAAAAAUUAACAAUGCUAAGGUGGCUGCUUCUACUGUUGACCACUUGAGAUACUUUGUCGUGUUAACAAGAUACUUGGUCCUUUGACAUUAUUACAAGAUUCUUGAGAUGUUUAAAAUGAUUAUUAUUAUUCUAACGAAAUACAAUUGUAUUUGUUUUGUAACUGGUGGUAUUUCUGUGCUGCUCUGGCCGACACUUUGGGGCAUGUUGUGCUUGUGUCUACGCCUCAGAGCAGCUGUGCAGUGCAGCAGUAGGUUUCCAUCCCCUGUGAUUUACUGUUGGUUUUGGUUUAAAUCCCCGACGGUUUCACAGCAGGUCUUCCAGAGCUCAGGAAGUGAAGCGCUGGGGAUGUGCACCACGGCAGCGCUCGGUGACAAGGAAUGCGUGGGCGGCAGUCACCCAAACCCUGUGAAUUAGUUACAGUGCACCGUUAGUCAUCGUAUUCAAAAUUGCUAGAAGUCGUCACUGUAUGAGCAAUAAAGACGUUUCACCAUCUUUAAUCGCGGUAAAUCCUCUACCUAAGCUCGAGAAAACCCCUCACUCACUCAUGCUCUGCUGCCUGCACUAAAAAGAUCCUCUGAGUCGGAAGUUUCCUUCCCCUGGUAAUAAAAGCGAGCAGAAGUCCGGCUCUGCCCUCCUGUAAUCUCUGUCUAAGUAUAGGGCCCUCCAUGAAUCUGCACUGUGUGUCUAUGUACACAAAAAAGCUUUUUCUAUUUCUCUGUAAGCAAUAAUGACGUUGCUUUAAGAGGCUCUCUGGGGGUUUGUCUUCUGCUGAUGGAUGCGGCGAGAUGCAGUUGUCAGCCAUACUGGAAAAGGUCACAGAGCAUAACCGCUGAGUUCCUGAAGUCAAUUUCCUAUUCGUUUUUCCCCAUAGAGGAUAGGAGUAUGAGUCACAGUCGGCGGCUUCACACACUCCUACACCUCCUGCAAGAAGUCAUCAGUCAGCCUGAUUUCACCUCCUCGUGAAAUAUGACGUCACUGAGAUCUGAAGCUAAUCAUGCACGUUUGUGGAAAAAAUGAAUGUGAAGUUUUCUUCGUGGUACAGGAGGCAGGAGAGUUCAGUCGUAUCGGCCUUCCUCUGCAGUUUGGACGUCCGUGUACAUUUGAAAUGAUUGAUUGGAGUUAUUCAAAUGUAGGUCUGAAGAGGCGAUGGGACCGAUGAGGGCUCGGAUUUAUUCAGGUCAACAGUCUGCUCCUUUUUGUCCUCCAGACGUGAAGACAAGCCGCAUGAUUGGCUCUUAUUCAACAUGCAGGAUAGGUAUAUAAAACAAAAAAACAGUAAAAACCCACGUUGAGUACCUGUGUUAACUGUGUUCCUGUAGUAUAUAAAUAUGUGUAAUGUAACUGGUGACUAAUUAUCAUGUAUAUAAAGAUUAGAACAAG